AACCAACAAUUAAACGUUUCUAACGUCAAGUUGUUGUUUUUUAUUCUGUGAUUUCUGGUUAAUUGCGAUUGUUGUUCUGUUAAUCAUGUUGGGAUCAACUGUAAUCAAACGAUGUCUCUCGGAAAACUUUGCUGGCCGAGUUGCUCUGGUCACUGGUGCUGGUGGAGGUAUCGGUCGAGCUGUUAGUUUAAUGUUGGCUGAAAAGGGAUCGUCGGUCGUUUCGGUCGAUAUUAAUGAGGAUCAGGCCGCCGAGACACGGAAACAUUGUGAAUCUUUCCCCGGUAAUCAUGCCUCACGUUCAGUUGAUGUUAGUUCAAAGGAAUCAGUUACUAAAUUGUUUUCCUUUAUCAAGGAAAAUUAUUCAACUCCACCGAGUAUAUUGAUUAACUGUGCUGGUAUAAUUCGUGAUUCAUUCCUAUUGGAAAUGUCCGAGGAAGAUUUUGACAGCGUAAUAAAUGUUAAUCUAAAAGGAACUUUUCUAACCACUCAGGCUGCUGUUGAUGCCAUGGUUGCUGGUAAAGUUGAAGAGGGAUCGAUAAUCAAUUUGUCAAGUGUUUCCGGUAAAAUUGGUAACAUCGGUCAAUGUAAUUACGCUUCGGCUAAACAUGGAAUCGAAUCGUUUACUCGAGUAAUCGCAAAGGAAGUGGCCAAACACAACAUUCGCUGUAACUGUAUCAUGCCGGGUUUCAUCAACACCCAAAUAUUGGCACCGGUUCCUCAGAAAGUAAUGGAUAAAAUAAUUCCACAAAUUCCAUUGAAGCGAAUCGGUAAACCAGAGGAAAUCGCCGAGGCCGUUUGUUUCCUAUCCUCGCCUCGAGCAUCUUACAUAACAGGAAUAACUUUACAGAUUUCUGGUGGUUUGUUUAUGUAAUCAAAUUAAUUACUCCAAUUACGUGUGGACAUUGAUUUAAUUACCUCAACGAUUAUCCAUUCUACUAAUCGUAAUAACGGAUUAAAACCUCAAGUGCCAAUUCAAUCAACUUAUUGGAUCAAUAAUUUCAGCUUAACAUUUAAUCACUUCUAUUUAGUCACACAUUUGGUAUUCUAACUAUAAUCAUUCCCAAGCAAUCAGUUAAUCAAUGUCAUUUAAUUUUCAACAAUCAACAUGUUAGUCCGGUGUUUCUAUUUUAGUUUGGAACUUUUUUUUCUCUCUAAUUUUAACCUCCAAAAUGUUGGAAAUCUUAAAGCGUCAUCAUCUCUGUUAAUAUUUAAUUCUUUCGCCUUGGAUUCGAUCAAUGGUUCUCUAAGACUUUCGUUAUAUAUUUUUUUCUGCUUCCUCCCAAUACCUGUCAACUCAAAUAUCUUAAUCCAAAUUGAUAUCAUUUCUUGUUUACCAACAUUAACUUUAAAUCCAAUCAACGAUUUCCUGGCAAUCAGAAAAAGAUGAUGAAGGAUAAUCAUGAUUAGUUGAUGAUGAUGCAGAUGAUUAAUAUUUACCUUUCACCAACCAUUUGAUUAGAAAGUCAAGAUACUUGUGCUUCCUUCUGGAUUCAACAAAUGGAAAUCAAAAACUAGCCCAAGGUCAAUGAGAAUCCACCUUGAUUACGAUUCUAUCAUCACUUUGAUUUCCUUGAUUAAGAAACAAUCAAUAAGAUGAUUGUUAAGUAAACUAAUUAUCUCACAAAUAUUGUGACUCCUUAACUUGAUGAUGAUAAUUGUAUAAGUACAAUUAAUAUAACAAGAGAAUUUAAUUGUUGAUGAUUAACUAAGAUGGUCAAUUGAUUUUUCAAUAUUCAAUUUCUAAAAGAUAUUAUUUGUAUUUCUAUUAAAUUGUUACGAUAAUUAUAAAGGGGAAACCUUGAA